GCAACAGCAACCACAAUGCUCUCACACCCUUCUUCAUUUCUUUCCUAAUCCCACAACCACUUCGAGGCCCAGCAACCCAACCACCAGGAUCCCUCUCCAUUCUCUCAGAACCUUUUCCUCAACGCCCCCCAAACCCCAGGCCUCCUCGACCUCCCCGAGGGCUCCCAAUGGCGCUAUGGGAGUUCCUCAACGCCGUCAAGAAGGGCAAGGCCAAGAGGGUCAAGUUCAGCGAGGACAACUCUGCCCUCCAGCUCACUGCCGUCAACGACCGUCGUGCCACCAUUAUCAUUUCCAACGACCUCGACCUCAGUAAAGACAUCUUCCUUUCCUCACUCAUGGGGCAGUAUAAUUUUCUGCAAUUGUCUUCCCUCCAUCAAUCAAAAUGGAGAUGGAGGAGGAGGAGCUAUUUCAGAUCAAAGUGCUAUAAAUGGAGGAGGAGGAGCUGUUUCAGUUGCUCUUGUCUUCAAUCAAAAUACUGCCAAGGUAGAGACGACUUCGAAAACUGCUGCAUUCUCCCAAAAUUCUGCACUUGUUCUUGCCCCAGUUAUCCCAGUAUAGAUAGCAAUGAGUAUAUUUGGUGGAAGGCUAAUGCUAGAGAGACAAAGGAAGAACUAAUUGAUAGAGAGCCUAAGUUCCUGGAUUAGUAUUUUCUGUUUAAGAACACUUUUGUUGUUAAUUGUUUACAAUUAUAUAAACAGCAGUGUAUUAUAGAUGUGCUAAGGAAUAAAUCUAUUCAUUUUGUAGA